CCUGCUUUCUCAAAGGAUUUUCUAGACAGGAAAACCAUUCUUUUGGGUGUUGCGACUAAGGAUCACAAGCAAUUUCCGGGAAAUCCAUUCUUCAUUCCUAAAAUUGCUUCUUCUCCAUCUUUCAAUCCUUUCUUCUUCCAUAACCUUUGUUUCUUCUCUCUAAGCUUAAAGAUCUUAAUUUUCCAGAAAAAUUUCUUCAUGAAGUCCAUUAUAGGGUCAGUUCUUGGAAGUGUAGUAGGCGAACAUGUAGAUUGUCACAGAAACUUCCAAAAUGAUGUGGAUGAUCUUAGAAAAAGAGUGACAGAUCUAAAACGCAGAAGAAAUGAUAAGUUAGCAGAGCUACUAACAGUGGAUGACUCGGAAAAACAAGUUAAAGAAGAAGUGCAAGGAUGGCUUGAAGAUGCAAGGAGGGUCACUGAAAUUGAAAUGCCAGAUAUUGAAGAAGAGGUGCAGAAUGUUUCAUACUUGUCACGUGGUAGCCUUGGAAGACGUGUUCGUCAAAAGAUUCAACAGGUGAGAGAAAUUUAUGAUCGAGGUAGUUUCCCUGAAGGUCUUGUAAUUGAAAGGCCCCCGCCUAUUGGAACCACUUUGCCAACAGAGAAUAUGGUGGGCGAGGUUGAUGUGAAGGAAAAAAUUUGGGAAUACUUGAUGAGUCACGAGGUUGGAAUUAUCGGAGUUUGUGGAAUUGGUGGAGUUGGCAAAACCACUGUUAUGAAACACAUCCAUAAUGAAUUACUAAAUGAAGCUACUAGGUUCAAGAAAGUUGUCUGGGUUACAGUAUCACAUCCACUCAUUGUUUUUAGAUUACAACGUGACAUUGCUAGUGCAAUGAACAAAUGUCUUCCUGAUUAUGCGGAUGAACUGAACCGGGCAUCAAGGCUGAUGGAGGUUAUGAAAACAGUAAAAUACGCAUUGAUCUUAGAUGAUGUGUGGGAUAAAUUUAAUCUUAAAAAAGUUGGAAUCCCAGAACCAACAAUAGAAAAUGGGUGCAAAAUUGUUAUUACUAGCAGAUUGGUUGAUGUAUGCAACUACUUGGGAUGUCAAAUAGUUAAGGUUCCACCUCUUCUAGAGCAAGAGUCUUUGAACUUGUUUUUAGAUAAGGUUGGGCAAGAUGUUCUACAAAUUCCUAAUCUGAAAAAGAUUUUGAAGCUUAUGGUGGCUGAAUGCGCUGGUUUGCCACUGGCAAUUGUCAUCAUUGCUGGGAGCAUGAGAGGCGUAACAGAUAUUCGUGAGUGGAGAAGUGCAUUACGUGAAUUGCGUCACUGUGUGGUGGGUACAGAGAAAGAUUCAGAAGAUGAGAUAUUUAAACGUUUGAAGUUCAGUUAUGAUCGUCUACCAAAUUCAAGCGUCCAAGAGUGUUUCUCAUAUUGCUCAUUGUAUCCUGAAGAUUGGAUGAUUAGAAGAGAAGAUCUAAUUGAAAACUGGAUUUGUGAGGGACUUGUUGAAAAAUUAGGGAGCAGAACAGAAAUGCAUGAUAGAGGACAUGAAAUUUUGAAUAGGCUUGAAAACAAUUGUCUAUUAGAGAAAGCCUAUAGAGAUGAAAGAAAAUGUGUUAAGAUGCAUGAUGUUGUGAGGGACAUGGCAUUGCAUAUUAAAAGCACCGGUCCAAGUAAGUUCAUGGUGAAAGCUAAAAUGAGAUUGACAGAGAUACCAGAGAAGGAUGAAUGGACUGAAGAUCUAGACAAGGUUUCCCUAAUGGAAAAUGAAAUAUCAUAUAUCCCUAUAAAUAUAUCCCCCAAAUGCUUGAUGCUCUCAACCUUAAUUUUGAAGGGUAACGAAGAAUUGAAGCAAAUUCCAGAGUGUUUUCUAGCAAACAUGCCCCUACUGAAGUUUCUUAAUCUUUCUUAUACUAACAUUAAGGCUCUACCUAAUUCCAUCUGUAGCUUAAAAAAUCUUACAGCACUGAUUCUCCGGGGAUGUCAGAGUUUAGAACGCAUGCCUUCCUUGUCAAAGCUUAAAGCACUGAAGAAGUUGGAUUUGGAUGAAGCGGGCCUUUGUGUGGCUCCUGAAGGCAUUGAAAUGUUAGAAAAUCUAGAAUAUCUUGAUUUAUCUGCUCCAAACCUGAAGGUACUACCAAGAGGAAAAAUCAGUAAGCUCUCCCACCUCCAAUACCUACGUAAACAUCCGAUUUUUUCAACUGAAAUAAGAGCAGAAGAAGUAGCAAGAUUGAACAUGCUGGAAUGUUUUGAAGGUAGAUUUGAACAGCCGAAGGACCUCAGCAGUUUUGUUAGCGAGUUGAACCAUUUUGGAAGACCCAAUAAUUACUUGCUCCAUGCGGGACAGGCGCCCCGAGAAGAGGAGGGGUAUUUUUGGAAAUUCAACAACAAUGAUCCUCUUAAACAGGUAACUUUAUCCGGAUGUGAGAUAGGAGAAGAAGAUGAAUUGGUGUUUCCAGAUGACCUUCGGGAUUUGAGCAUUGAAAACUGCAACACGGUCGCUGAUAUUUCUAUUUUUCUGAAAAAUUUGACUCAAUUGCAAACAUAUGAUUUGAAAUACUGCCAAGGGAUAGAGUCUGUGAUCUCCUCAUCGUCCUUGACAGUUAUGGAUAAUCUUGAAGAACUAACUCUUUGGAGUUUGCAUAGCUUGCAGGAUCUUGUGAAAGUGGAAAAAACAAUAUCCCCUCACAUCUUUUCCAAUCUUAAAGAGUUGAUUGUAGUGGCCUGUACAGGAUUGAACAAGUUGUUUCCAUGUGAGGUGCUGCAGUGUCAGUGCCUCCAAAACUUGGAGGAGAUUCACGUUGAAGAUUGCUUGGGGAUGGAGGAAAUAAUAGGAUGGGAAGAAGAAGAAGAGGAGGAAGGAAAUCAAACAAAUACUUCUGCAAUAUUCACUCUUCCAAAAUUAAGGUCAUUGUACUUGGAUUAUCUACCAGAAUUGAAGAGAAUCUGCCCAAAAAGAGGAGUAAUGGUUUGUGAUUCUCUCAAUUCCAUUUGUAUAAAAAGCUGCCCUAAGGUAAAGAGGAUUCCCCUUUCUCUUGGAAGGGAAAACGGGCAACCAUCUCUUCCUGCUAUAAAAGUCGAAAUUUAUAAUCCAAAAGAAUGGUGGGAAUCAGUGGAGUGGGAGAAUCCUGAUGAUAAGAAUGUCCUCAUACCUUUCCUCAAAUAUGAUAGUCGUGGCACUUGGGUACGUGUUUCUUAUCUGUCUGUCCAGCAUUGAAGGUUUGUAUAGCAAUUCCAUCAACAAGGAUUGACUAGUUUCAGUUUCAAAUGCCCAACCUAGGCAUAUAUGUCAUGUUCUAAGGAAACAGUUGUUUUUUGGUUUCUCAAGGACUCAAAAUGUCAACCUGAAUGGAUUUACUGGGUGACUAUGGACUAUCAAUCUGGUCAAUCCGUGUCCAAUUUCUAAUGCCCAACCCAGGUAAGUCAUAUGUUUCCAAGAACCAUUUUUUUUCCUUUUUUUGGCUGACUAUUAUUUGCUUCCUUAGAAUUAAGUGAUUUCUCCAUACAUCCUUGGAGUAAGCUGCAUCUAUUUUGGCUCUUGCCAUCUCAAAACUAUUUUCUUCAACUCAGCAACAAAUAUAACAAAGGAAAACAAAACAAUGGGACUCACACUCACUUCAAUCCAAUGCAAUCUUUGUUUUAAUUUGUUUUUUGGUGCUAUGGAUGAGCAGCUUUGUUUAAUUAAUGCUUGUUUAAGUAAUAUUUGUUUUAUUUACGUUGUAAUAACUAGUAAAACAGAUAUGAGAAAUUUCUUGUUUUAUGUUUGUGACUGUUAACUAUACAUCUUAGUUUCUUUAAUCGAGUUAUUGUUCAACUCUUGUGGUAAUUGAACCCACAUAUGCAUGUGCCACAGCAGACCAAAGGUAUGUAUGUAUAAAGUUAUAUGAAUUUU